UUAUGAAGCGUGGAAUUUGGCUUUCAUUACUGUCUCUCUCCAAACACCAUCAAGCACUCAUCAAUUCCCAUGUCUGGUUUCUUUCUUCCUCUUUCCUCUUAUGUCCUCCUCCCACAGUGAUUUCCAAACACACCACUCCUUCAUAGUCCUUGUUUUGGAAAUAUAGCCAUGGCCUUGUCCUUUCUUACUAUCAUUUCUUUCUCUUCAUAACUUCUCUCUCUCUCUCUCUCUCUCUCUCUCUCAAAAACUCUACUAGAGCUUUUCAUAAAUAGUACUAUUUGAAGCAGACAACAAAGGCCAAGUAAUUGAUACCCUCCAAAAUCCCCUGUUUCCCCUCAUCUCUGUUUUUUUCCUCUGUUCUUUUUCAUCCUUCAUAGCUUCUCUAUAUAAAAGAAAAGAGAAUACCAAUGGAAAAGUGGGAUAAACCCUUAAGAGAUCACAGGAAACAGCAUAACAGAGAAAACCCAUCUUUCUCUUCCACUCUUCUUGACGUAAUCUACCGUUCCAUUGACGAAGGACAAACGGAGGAGAAAGAAGAAAAACUCAUAUUCUACAGAGAAACCAUGAGGAAGCAGAAACAGAACAACUGUUUCAGAGAGGAAGGUGAAGCUGAAAAACUCAACUUUCGCAGAGCCAGAAAGGUAGAGAAUCGGAGCGAGAAAGUAGUAAGAGGAAGGAAUUCCUUGACAGAAAUUGAAAGAAGAACACGAAGCAAUUCAAAUACACUCUCCAUGCAUUCAACCUCAACAUCAUCAGAGUCAAGUUCUGUUGGUGGGUUUUCUUCAUCAGAGUCAGAGUCCUUCUAUGGAGUGCAGAGGCCAAAGCCAAUUCGAACAAGUGUUUCUGAGAAAAAAACCAACUUUGAUGCACUCCAUGGCCAUAGGAACCAUUCUACUCAGACCCAAAAGCCAAAGCAUGAGAAUGGCUUUGGGAAAACAAAGUCCAAAGCUCUGAGAAUCUUAUAUGGUGAAUUGAAGAAAGCAAAGCAACCCAUUUCACCAGGUGCUAGACUUGCUAGCUUUCUCAAUUCUCUUUUCAAUUCAGGUGGAAAUGCUAAAAAGGCAAAGGUUUCAACUUCUGUUGUGGAUUCUAAAUCAGCACAACCUUCUUCAACUUGCUCAUCAGUUUCUUCCUUUACAAGGUCUUGUUUGAGCAAAACCCCUUCUUCAAGAUCAGGUGCCAAAAGGUCUGUGAGGUUUUGCACUGAGAGUGUGAUAGUGGAUGAAGAUUGCAGGCCAUGUGGGCACAAAAAUCUGCAUGAAGGUGAAGAGGGUUUGGUGGCUAACUCUGCCAUGAAGAAAAACUAUGGCAAGAACAGCAAUGAGGAGCUUAGGUUCCAUGUGAUGCAGGAGAGUCGCAGGGUGGAGGAGUUAGCUAGAGACUUGUUAAAGAAUUAUCAGAAAAAGAAUGAAGUUGACUUUGAUCUGCAUUAUGAAGAUGAAGAUGAUGAUGAUGCAGUUAGUUGUUCAAGUUCUGAUCUUUUUGAAUUGGAUAAUCUUUCAGCUAUUGGAAUUGAGAGGUAUAGGGAAGAAUUGCCUGUGUAUGAAACUACCCAUUUCAAUACCAAUAGAGCCAUUGCCAAUGGCUUCAUUCUGUAA